UCCCGCCGCGAGGCCGGUCCCGCCCUUUCUCCCCCGCCUCCCGCCGCCGCCGCGGCACACCCCGCCCGAGCUUCCGGCCGUGCAGGGGUGACGCGCGGCCCCCACAGGUCUGCGGCCUCCGCCGCGCCUCCCCCUGCCGGGCGCCCUUCCGUCGAGUCCCGCGCAGACGCGUCUCCCCGAGGAGAUCUUCGAAGGCUCCUCUCCGGGCUGGAGCGGCUCCUUCCCGGGCGCCCCGGGCCGGCCUCCGGGCUGGGGGCGCUCGCGGGGCAUCGUGCCGUGGGCGACGCCGUCCGCUCCGGACGCUCAGCGCGCGAGCUGGCCCCACGCCGUCCCCCCGGCCCCGGACGAGGCCCCCGCGCACUGCGGGGCUCCGGGCGCGGCCGCUGAGGGAGGGCGCGGGAGGCCCGCCGCGUGGGUCCCGCCCCGGCCCCGGGGGCACCCGCUGGGAGGGCCCAGCCGCCGGGAUGCACACGCCCAUGGAGGGAUCCCUCUUCCAGAUCAUCGCCUGCUACCAUCAGUACGCCGCCAGGGAGGGGGAUGUGGAGACCCUGUCCUUGGAGGAGCUGAAGGCUCUGCUUAUGGACAAUGUACCCCACUUCAUGGAGAGCCUGGGCCGGAAGGAGCCCUACUACCUCUCGGAGUUGUUCCGGGCUGCAGACAAGAACAAGGACAAGCAGAUCAGCUUCGACGAGUUCCUGUUCGUCCUGGGCCGGCUGCUGACGGACUACCACCUGCUGUACCACCGGCGGCUGUGCGCCUGCUACUGCGCCCAGCACAGCCUGCACUAGAUAGAGAUGCUUGGACCUGCCCAGCCUGCACUAGAUAGAGAGGCGCCAGCCCAGACGGCACUAGGUAGAGACGCACCCAUCUGCCUAGCCUGCACUGAUAGAGAUGCGCCCGCCCGCCCAGCCCGCAGGUGCUGCCCAGGAGUUGGAGCCAGAGCCACUGCAGAGCUUUGCCCCACUUGUUGGCAUGUGCCAGAACGGGCACUCCGCUGUGCACACGUGUGUGCGAUGCACAGCUGUGAGGGAAGAGAAUAAAGCAUCCCACAAACAUGCUGGGAA